AUGACCGAAUCCUCCAACAGCCCUUCGCAGACUACCAGCAAUGGCACCACUGCCUCCAAGGUCUGCUACACUGAUCCUUCGGCCGACGUCACCCUCGUUUCGACUCCCGAAGGACGACACUUCAAGGUCCAGUCCUUCUGGCUCAAGGCGAACAGCGCCUACUUCCGCAAGGUUCUCAGCUCACCCGAAUACCAUGGCGAUGCCAUACAGGUUCCCGCACCUACCAAAGUCCUCAAGAUCUACCUUGAUCUCUGUCAUGUUCGACACCUACCUCCCAAGCUCUUGUGGUCGGUCCGAGAACCCCUCUUCAAGCUAUGUGACGAGUAUCAAUCCCCCAGUAUCGCCGAGCGAGCCCUCUUCCACUCCAGCGAAUGUAUGGACAAGGAUCCCUGGCAAGUCUUUUGCUUGGCUUCUCAACGACGCAAUGUGGGGCUGGCGAAAUCGGCCCUCAGGGCCAUGGACGAUUCAAUGACCCAUGUCAACGUUACCUCCAUCACACCUGAGCUCGCUUCGGGCGUGACGAUGCCUUUCCUGCUCGGUCUGUACAAUGCUGCCCUUGAAGGUCGAGUGGGUCAAAGCAACGGUUACGCCAACGGACAUGGGCAUGGCUACGACCAUGACCACAAUCAUGGUCAAGACCGGGAUGUCACAGUGACCUGGAAGGCUCUGCCAUCAUCGUCGGGCGAUGAUAUCGUUUGGCGAGGAUGA